AUGCAGCUGACGCGUAGUUCCGGCUCGGUCUGUCGCGGUGGUGCCGGCGGCGGUGAGAUGGCCGAUCCUCCCUUCCAAAAGCCGGUCGUGGAGAACGUCGCCCUCACCGCGGUGUGGUCCCUGUUUGCAGACUAUGGCUGGUUCAUCCUCUUCGGCCUUAUUGCGAUAUAUCUGCUGGCGCAAAAUGUCCCCAGAAAGAUCCGUGAGCGCCGCUCACAUCAACCUGCGUAUGAACCUGAUGCUAUCGUUCAGCGAGAGGAAGCGAUGAUGGCAGCCCGUCAGAGGAUGCAGGAAGAAAUCAACGUGCAAGCAGCAAUUUUCCGGGAGAAACAAAAAGAGCGUGAAGAGGAGAAGAGGAGACAGAAGAUUGCCAAGUGGGAAAGCAUGAAGGAAGGGAAGAGUUAUAAGGUGACUCUCGGACAGAACCCGGCGGAGGAACCUGAUCCCCGACCUUCGACGUCAGCUGCCACCGCAAAACCCAAAUCGGAGAAAAAACCUUUUCGAAGUGAUGGUUACAACCCCCUCUCUGGAGAAGGUGGCGGGUCUUGUGCGUGGCGACCAGGACGCAGGGGCCCUUCGUCAGGCGGAUGACG